GGUCAUAAUGAAGAGGAUGAAGAAGAUUCUGAUGAAGAUGAGGACUGUGAUGGCGAGCAUGAACAUGGAGAUGAUGAGUCCGAUGACGGUGACGAAUCGGAUUCGAAUGACGUGUCAAAAACGUCAAAUUGAAUAA